UUUGCUUAGAGCGCAAACAACAGAAGAAGCGGAGGAGAUGGCGUGCGGGUAUAAAUAGGGAAAGUGAAUCAAGAAUCUUAAAGAAAGGCAACCGCUUCAAGUCAAAACUCGCAAAAUUUACGAAUCUUAGUAUAAGAAAUCGCAGAAUCUUGAGAUUGUAAGCAUUCUUCCGGCGGGGGGCUGGUGGUAUGAUCGACGUCAGCCAGGGCGGCGGGGCACGACGGUGGUGGAGAAGAAUCAGAAAUCGCCGGUGGGACGGUGGUGGUUGAAAGGUUGAGUUAGAGAAAAUAACAAAGAUGAGGAAAGGCAAGGGGAGAAACAGCAAACUGCUGCCUAAUUCUUUGAGAAUAAUUUCUUCUUGUAUCAAAACCGUGUCGACGAAUGCUAGCACUGUCGUGCGCUCCGCAGGCGCGUCCGUCGCCUCCUCCAUUUCUUCUAUAGGUGACGAUGGCAAAGAGCAGGUAUUAUGGGCUGGCUUUGACAAAUUAGAGACUAGUCCAACUGCCUUCAGACGUGUCCUAUUACUUGGUUAUCUGAAGGGUUUUCAGGUCUUUGAUGUUGAGGAUGCAUUUGGUUUUAGUGAAUUGGUUUCCCGGCGUAAUGGACCAGUUACCUUCUUACAGAUGCUUACGGCUCCUUCAAACUGUGAUGGUGCUGAAAAAGACAAAUCAUCACAUAAUAUACUGGUUGUUGUUGGGGGAAAGGAGGAUGCAAAAAUCCACAUUCCUCAGAAUACUGGCCAAGUACCUAUUAGACAUGCCUCAGCAGAGUCAUCAUCCGGGAGCUCCUUUGACCCGCCCACUGCUGUUCGAUUUUACUCAAUGAAAUCAAAUGACUAUGUAAAGGUUAUGGACUUCAGGUCUCCGGUCUUGAUGGUUAGAUGCAGCCCUCGAGUAGUAGCUAUUGGUCUUGAAGAGCAAGUAUAUUGCUUCGACACACUUACUCUUGAGCAGAAAUUCACAGUUCUCACAUAUCCUGUUCCCUUAGUUGGGAAGCAAGGAGCAGUUGGAGUCAACAGGGGGUAUGGUCCAAUGGCUGUGGGCCCAAGGUGGUUGGCUUAUCCUCCUAAUCGACCAUUUCUUUUAAGUACAGGUCGGGUGACUCCAAAGAACCUUGCUUUAAGUGUUAGUCCAUCAACAUCUUCAGGCAAUGGCUCUCCUAUGGCUCGUUAUGCGGUGGCAUCCAGCAAACAGUUAGCUUCUAGCAUACUUACCCUGGGAGACAUGGGAUAUAAGAAAUUAUCUAAGUACUAUCCAGAGUUGCUUCCAGAUGAUCCUGGUUCUCCUGGCUUUAAAACUGGGAAGCUGGCAGAAUCUGAACCAGAGAAUGCAGGAUUAGUUUGUGUGAAGGACAUCGUUUCCUCUGAGGUCAUAUCACAAUUUAGGGCUCAUACAAGUGCAAUCGCUGCUUUGUGUUUUGAUCCAAGUGGAACCCUUCUGGUUACAGCCUCAGUACAUGGAAAUAACAUAAAUAUCUUUCGUAUCAUGCCUCCUCGUACAUGUAGUGGGGCAGGGUGUAGCGACUGGAACACUUCUUAUGUGUAUGUUUACAAGAUUUAUCGUGGUAUAACCCCUGCUGUUAUUCAGGAUAUCUGCUUUAGUCAUGAUAGUAGGUGGAUUGCUAUUGUUUCAUCAAAAGGAACUUGCCAUAUCUUUGUUCUGUCCCCCUUUGGAGGAGAUGAUGCCUUCCAAGAUUUACAAACUUGUGAGCGAGGCACCUCUCUGUUUUUAGCUUCAGCUCCACCGUGGUGGUCUUCUUCAUCUUUUACCAUAAAUGAGCAAAAUUCUUCGCCGCCACCCCCUUGUACCCUCUCCAUAGUCAGCCGGAUAAAGUGCAGUGACUCCGGCUUGGUUGGUUCCAUGAGCAACGCGGCUGCUUCAAUGGCGGGGAAGAUAUGGGUGCCAUCUGGAGCUGUUGCUGCUAUUUUUCAUAAUUCUAACACUACCAGUUCUCCAAAUGUUAAUAUGAGGGCUAUCCCACUAGAAAGUAUCUUAGUUUAUACACCAUCAGGCUUUGUGGUUCAGUAUGAAAUUCACUCAUCAGUGUUGCCUGAACUGAGUGAGAAUAGAACUGAGCCUUGGUUGGUUCCACAAGUAAGCUCACAAAAUGAGGAGUUAAGGGUGAAAGUGAAACCCAAUAAAUGGUGGGAUGUGUGCAGAAGAUCAGAUAAUCUGGAGAGGGAGGAAUGUAUUGCUGCGACCAGCCAGGACAAUGUGAAUAAUAUGGACAAGAAACUGAUUGAGAGUGAUUCAAUGAAGUCCCCAGAGAGGUCACACUGGUAUCUAUCCAAUGCAGAAGUGCAAACAAACUCCUACAGAUUGCCCCUAUGGCAAAUGUCUAUGGUACAUUUCCAUGGCAUGGAACAUCCAAUAGCAGAAUGUUAUUCCGGUGGGGAGUUUGAAAUUGAGAUAGUUUGUUCGCAUGAAGUCGAAAUAAGAAACAAGGAUUUAUUGCCAAUUUUCGACCUUUACCCUAGAGCGAGAUCUGGCUGGAUUGACGGAUAUAUACCUUCUGAGGGAAGAUAUCCCUCUGAUAGUUGUCAAGCUAGAGAUGAGAAGAAUGAAGCCAGUAUCAUCUGUCAUUCAAAGCCACCAUCAUUUAGUUCUACUGAAAGCUCAGACGGAGGAACAGAGAAAACAGUAGAUAUUGGGUUGUUAUUCAAGGAAGGCUACUACAAUAGGACAGAGGUCUGUGAUAACUGCAGGUCAACUGAAGUUGUAACUGACAAGGCGGACACAGCCGGUAAUACUCAUCAGGAGAAGCCCAAAGAAGAAUGAUUGAUCGGUGGAGUAUUUGAUCUCUAAUAAGAAGGUUAGUUGCUUCUUGUUGACAAAGUUAUGGUCAAUAUACACAGAAAUUCGCCAGUUGAAUCCAAUGGUUGAACAGAGUAACUACGGUUGGCCCGAUUGUCAGGGAUGUGAGAAUAACGCUAUAUACAGGAUAUAACUUAUGCUUCCUCCCCAUGUUAUGUAUAUAUAAUGUAUAUAGUGAUGUAUAUAACAAAUUAUGGAAGUGAACUUUACUUGGAAUGCUUGUCAUUUACAGAACAAUGAUAACAAGUUACUUCGAAUUUGUAUGAUAUUUUCUUUCUAAAAAUUGAAAGUUGUAGAAAGGUGAUUUGUUUAUUCAA